CCUGUCCUCACACAGAGAUGAGAUGAAAAAUCAACAUACCGUGAAAAAUGUUUUGUCAAGCUUCAGUCAGGAGGUUUCACACCAUCCGUUCAGUCACAGUUUUCCUUAUAGGAAAAUGUGCAAGCAAAGGUGGUUCAUCAGUGAUUUCCAAGUUAACGACUUCUGAAGCCCCAGCUAUCACUGAAGUGCAGACCUCUGAACCUGCUACUGCUCAUACUGAAUCAGCCACAGUGGAGUUAAUCAGCACUGGCCGAACUCAAAGCCUUCCAGAAACCAGCAGCACUGCAACACUGGACAUACAAAACCCGCUGCCCCUGGACUCUCCUCCUCCUCCAACACCUCCUCCACCUCCUCCUGCUGCAGACAGCCCAGACCUCCCACCAUUACCCCCUCCAGCCCUGCCUCCACGACUGCCAUCAUGCAAACCUUCUUCUACCUCCAGUCCUCCUCUUCCCCCAACACCGCCUCGGGCUGAAAGCCCCCAGCGUCCGUCCACCCUCCACCUAAAAACGCUGCCACGGCCCACCGUCAGGGAGAACGGUGGCCCCCCGCCGGGGGUGGAUGAGGAUGAGGAGGAGAGAAAGAUGCUGGAGGAGGAUCUGAAGAAAUGCAUUGAGGACUUCAAAAAGAUCCGCUUGCCCAGAGUAUUUCCAGAUCGCAAGAGGCACUGGCAAAGUGACUUGCUCAAGAAGUACAACGCAUAGAGCACGCUGCUGCGGCACGAUGGUGAAAAAACAAGGAUUUUAUAACAAUGGCGAGAACAUGUUGUGAGCUCGGGAAGAUUGUCAGCAAGUUUACUUAAACCUCUAAUAUCGUAGCUUCUGCAUGUCAACAGAACUAAAUUGUUUAAGUGUAGUGCUUAGGCUGAGCUCGUCCAGCGAUCACACCAUUAAACCACUGAGAUUUGUAUUGUCCCCUCAUAGAAAAAAACAUUCCUAUAGAGAUUGUUUGUGAGAUGCUUUGUUCCACACAGCUAUUUGGAGAUAUUAUUUUCAGUGGUGGACAAUAUAUGAAAUGACGUUAAUUAGAGAUUUCUGCCCUGCUCUCUGUACUGUAUCUACUGAUCAAGCUACUGGGAAAUGUAAGCUAAGU